UGAGGAGGUCACGGUCCGCAUGCUCAGACCCCAUGGACUGCAAGCGAAGGAUUAAGUCAUUGAUCGUAUAUGCUGAAAAAAAACGUUAUGCACAUUUUUUGCUAUGCAAUGCAAUAAAAGCAGUGAUCAGAGCACUGGCAGUCGGUGGCAACAACAGUUAGUUAAAUAACAUUAUUAAUGUGUGUUAAUUAGUGAUCCGUGGUGACAGCUGUUAACUGUUUUCAGUGAUACACGCUUUAUUUUCAAAUAUGAUGGUGUUUUUGGAUUUAGCAUAUGCUUCUAGAAGGUUUUAGUAGUUCUAAAACGUAAUUAUAUCAUGUACGACCUUCGUGGGCCGUGCAUAACGUGUGCAACCCAAGAUAAGGGAAUAUGGCAGGCAGUGACAGGAUGCUGUGACAGCAGAAGAGUUGACAUGAAAUUUGUGCCGAAAAUACAUGAUAGCUUAUAGUUACUAAAUUUGAGAUUGUUUUAUCUGUAUUUUAAUGAGGUAGAAUGUCAUAAAUAUUGUAGCGUGAUCACUUAGUAACGUAAAUUUCUGGCUGCUGUGUUUGAAUCAUAGUGAAGAAGAUAAUUCGGGUUAAGUGGAGUGAACUUUCGACCAAAGUUUGCCAUCUGAUGAUCUAAAUAAGUUUUAUUCGUUCUAUGGUUUUGGUGAAUAUCGUGCAAUGAAGCCUUGAAAACAGUAAACAGUGUUUCAAACAAUUGUGCCAACGUUUUAACCAACUAUGCCAGUUUGUAUUUUGAAGAAAAUAGUAUGUUGUAUCAUAUAUAAAAAAUUUAUUGUGUAUUAGAAUGUCCGAAUCAAAUAUUACAAGAAAAUUUAAUUCCAUUGAUAAUGGAAAUGUGGAAUGUUUUCCAACGUCAGGUUUUGCACAGCUUGUAAGUAAUAAUAAUGCAAAUGAAAUGGACAUUCAGAUCCAUGAUAUACCAGACAAGACUGAUAAAGAAGUGCGAGAAUAUGAAGUUAGUGAAGCUAGUAAAACAGCUGAUGACUCUGAAACUAAUGAUGAUAUUGACUCAUCAAGUUCAGACAGUUCUACUGUUAAUAAUGUACGUUCAGACUGUGAUAAGUUUUCUGAAACAUCUUCACAAGAUUUACCUGAUAGUGGUGCAGAAAUGGAAACAGACAUCAGAACAGAGGUUGAUGAUUAUACAGUGCCAAAAGUUUCUGCUGAGGAUGAACUAUUAAGGGAGAUAAACAUGCAGUUGCCAGAGUCUGAUGGUACUUCAAAAAGUCAUCCUCCAAAUGGCCUAUCAACAUCACUUUUCAAUCAUCCAGCUUAUAAGACUGUAAUUCAGGAACUGUCCCUAUUUAAAGAACAAGUUUCUGUACUUCAUUCGGAAAUAAGCAGACUUGAAGCUGAGAACCAAAGACUAGAAGCAGAUCAUUCACAUGAAAUCUACUUGGUGCAGCUGGAAGCACUUGAGAAAACUAUUGGUCAGCAGCAAAAGGAACUGCAGAGACUGAAUGAACAGAGCAGUCAGCAGUCAGAGGCCUUCACCCAGAUGAAACAGAACCUGGAAACCAGACUGGACAGGGUGACAAAGCAAUAUGAGGCAGCGAAUAAGGAUAAAGAGGCAAUGGUAAUGCGUUAUGCUGUGAGCGAGAAAGAAGUGAUUGACCAGAAGAGAGAACGGGAAUCAUUGGAAAAGAAAUUCCGUGAAAUGGGCAGAGAAAAAGAUCUACUUGUUAGCAAACUCAAGAACAUAUCUUCUGAAAAGACAAGUGUCUGCAAGAUGUUAGACAAUAAGUGUCACGAGCUGUCUGCUGCACAGAAAGAAAAUGAGAAAUUGAAAGAUGAUCUCAUUUCUCGUGAGAUCAAAAUAAAGUGGAUCCAGAAUAAGCUCAAUACUGAACUGGAUGCUCAUAAGGAGACACAGGCAAAAGCGGACAAGUUGCUCCAGAAGCUGCAGGAAAUGCGAGAAGAAUCAGACCAGGUUCGACGAGACUGCCAAGCAAUGAUACAGGCAUACCAGGAGUCCCAAGAGAACAAGGCCCAUACCCUAGAUGAACAGUUGAAAGAGCAGCAAGCAAAGCUGAUCUUGGAGCGACAUGAACGGGAAGAUAAAGAGGAAACUCAUCGGCAGCUACAGCACGAGGUAGACAACCUGAAGAGAAAGCACCAACUUAUCAUAGAUGAGAACAACCUCUUGUCCAUCAAGGUCCAGAACCUGGAGAAGGAGAGGCUUGAAUAUGAGCAGAAUCUGUCAAAGCUAAAAAGAUUGUCAGACCGACAGCGUCAAGAUGUUGUGGACCUUCAGGCACAGGUAGCAGAGAUGGAGUCACUUAAGAUGCAACUCCAGCAUGAACAGGAGAAGCUGGGAGCAAGUCAUGGUGAAGUGGAGCGCCUAAGACUGAGUAAUGCUGAGCUUCAGCAGGACAUGGCAGCGUGUCGAGAACGGGAAGCAGAGUUGCUGGAUUACACACAGAAACUCACAGAAAAGAAUGUUCGUCUGCAGUUGGAGUUCUCUGCCACAGAAGCCAAGGCACAGCUAUUAGAGUGUGAACAGGGUCCUCUGCAACGGCAGAUAGGUGAACUUGAAAACCGUGUUUCAUCACUGAGCCAGCAGCUAGAGAAAGAGCAGCAGCAACGCCAGGACGAGAACCAGCUACUGGCGCGUCACCUUGCUGAGCAAACGCAGCGUGCCGAUGUGCUUGCACAAGAGCUGGAGGACCAGAAGGAUGAAAACCAUGUGCUGCGUCGGAGACAGGCAUCUGCACUUAAGGAGCUGAUGAAGGAUUUGCAGCAUUGCCGGAAGAGACUGGAUCUGUAUGAAUCUUCAAGUGGCAGCAAUUCUAUUGGGCAAGGUUCUCGAGCUAGCUCUUGCAAUUCUCUCAACACUGUAGAAGGCAGCACAGUUAACACAAACAGCAGCAAGACCUCAGCAGGAGGACAGAUCUCCCCAGGCGACUCUACCAGCAACCAGGUAAGCCCUCCACUAGAGCCAGAUCGACAGGCACUAAUUGAGAAGAUUGUGAAGCUGCAGCGAGCAAAUGCACGUAAGACAGAGAAACUGGGCUUCCUGGAAGAACAUACAAGCCAGCUGGUGGCUGAGCUGCAGAAGAAGACACGAAUUGUCCAGUACUACAUUAUGCGUGAGCAGUCAGGUGCACUGUCAUCAGCCUCAAUGGAUCAGAACAAACUUCCAUCGUCUGGCCAAAAGAGAAAGAAAACUAAGGCAGAACUUUCAAGACACAGAGGAAUCAUGGCCUCAGUGUACGGUUCCCAAGCACUCGAUGACAAUAUGACACUGGAAUUAUCUUUGGAAAUUAACAGAAAGCUCCAGGAGGUACUGGAAGACACACUCCUCAAAAAUAUCAUGCUCAAGGAAAAUAUCGACACCCUAGGCAGAGAAAUCUCAAGGCUAUCAAUGGAGCUGGAGAAGGCUGGGCCAUCAUAGUCAUAUCGUUUCACAGACUUAAUCCAGUGUCGAUUUGGUAAGACUGAUGAUAUAUUGUGUCUAAUUUGUGCAAGGUUUAUAUCUGUUCUGUUAUAUAUUAGAAGCUUUUUUGUUAUGUUUCCAGCCAACAAUGUGAUAUGUAUAUAUAUAUACAGACACAUAGAUCUUCAGUACAAAUUUCAGUUCUGAGUUACAACUUCAAGAGGAAACUUGAUCUUCGACAUGAUCCUCUUCAUGUCAAGUUCAUGUUUUGUUUUUAAAAUAUCGAAAUUUAUGCAGCCCACUGAGAAUUUGGCCUAAUUUUGAUUGAUAUUUUUCUUUCAUUGGUACAAUUGAAUUGGCCACGCACAUGCGUGGUAGAGUCAUUAAGUUUGUGGAGUGUGGUUUUAGCGCAUCAUAUUACAAGGUAUUCACAUACACUUUCGCAGA